CUAGCCAAGAUGUAACCCCUUCAACCUUAGAUUUUCUUUUCUCUUGGGCCUAGGCCCGGUUAGGUCACCAAGACAAAAAAUAUGCUGGCAUGGGAUCCACGUUGAUUAAUAAUACUACAACCGUUAUUCGUCAACGUCAACGCCGUAUAGCUAUUAACAGUUUUGAUCCCAACAACAAGGACAUAGUGUAUGAGCAAUCUGCAUCACCAGUGACACCAUCAAUCCAACUCACAAGAAACCGGCAAGACGCUACCCAGGGUAGCAGCACUGGUCGUGCCACUUACUACCAACCCAUGCACCUGUGGGACAAAGCUUCAAGGAAUCUCACACACUUCACAACCCAUUUCUCCUUCAUCAUUGAUUCCCAGAAUCGAACUAACUAUGCAGAUGGCUUCGCAUUCUUUCUUGCCCCUAACGGCUCGAAGCUCCCGAAUGCGGGGGGAGGCACCUUGGGUCUCGUACCGAAUAACCAGACACUCAACGCAACUGAAAACCCCUUUGUGGCUGUGGAGUUUGAUAUCUUCUCAAAUGUUGAAUGGGAUCCACCAGCAGAACAUGUCGGCAUUGACAUCAACUCAAUGAGGUCUGCAGCUAACGUCACAUGGUUCGCUGCGGAUAGCAUCAAGCAAGGGAAGCUCAAUCAGGCUUGGAUCAGUUACGAUGCUACUUCCCUCAAUCUGAGUGUCACCUUCACUGGCUCUAGCAAUGGCACCACACUGCUGCAACAUCUAUCUGCCAUAGUGGACUUGAGAACUUAUCUUCCGGAAUAUGUUACCUUUGGGUUCUCAGGUGCCACGGGAACUUCAUUUGCUAUACAUCAAAUUCUUUCAUGGGAUUUCAACUCGACUUUGCAAGAACUACAAGUCAUUGCAAAUCCCCCAGCAAUGACUCCAAGCUACCCACCUGUAGUUACCGAAAAGAAGAAAGGGGCCAACAACACAGGACUAGCAGUGGGAUUGGCUAUGGGCGGGGUGGUUGUGGUUUUGGGUUUGGGCUUGGUUUCGUUUAAAUUGUGGAAGAAAGGAAGUGAUGAUGAAGAGGAAGAUGAUCAAGAUUUUGAGGAGCAUAUGGGGGACGAUUUUGGAAGGGGAACCGGGCCUAAGAGGUAUUCAUAUGCUGAAUUAGCACGUGCAGCGGAUAAUUUCAAAGAUGAGAACGAGCUUGGUCAGGGUGGAUUUGGAGGUGUCUAUAGAGGGUACCUUAAAGAUAUCAACUCGUACGUUGCUAUCAAGAGGAUAUCAGAACAUUCUCAUCAAGGAAUAAAGGAAUUCGCGUCGGAAGUAAAGAUCAUUAGCCGGCUUAGGCACCGAAAUCUUGUCCAACUGAUUGGUUGGUGUCCGAAAAGGAAGAAGCUCUUGCUUGUAUAUGAGUACAUGCCUAAUGGAAGCUUAGAUGUUCAUCUUUUCAACAAGCAGAAUCUGCUGAGAUGGACAGUUAGAUACAACAUAGCUCGAGGCUUGGCGGCCGCACUGCUAUACUUGCACGAAGAAUGGGAACAAUGUGUUGUGCAUAGGGACAUCAAAUCAAGCAACAUCAUGCUGGAUUCAGAGUUCAAUGCCAAACUUGGGGAUUUUGGGCUAGCAAGGCUUGUUGACCAUGCAAAAGGCGCGCAAACCACGGCUCUAGCCGGUACUCUGGGCUACAUGGCUCCCGAAUGCAAUACCACAUUCAGGGCUACUAAAGAAUCAGAUGUGUACAGUUUUGGAGUUGUGGCAUUGGAGAUAGCGUGUGGAAGGAAACCCAUCAAAUAUAAUGCUCCGGAAAGGGAAAUCAAUAUUGUAGAAUGGGUGUGGGGUCUCUAUGGAAGUGGAAGAAUUCUUGAAGCAGCGGAUGAAAGGCUAGAUGGAGAUUUUGUGGAGGAACAAAUGAAAUGCUUGAUGGUUGUUGGGCUGUGGUGUGCUCACCCUGAUCAUAGAAGCAGGCCUUCAAUGAGGCAAGCAAUUCAAGUGCUUAACUUUGAAGCUCCAUUACCCACUCUUCCAUUGAGUUUGCCUGUCCCUACCUAUGUUCACUCGUCUUCUAAUUUAGCUCCAUUCAGCAUAGACAAUUCUUCAGGGGAUGUCCAAUACCAGACCAUGAGCUCCACCUCAAACUCAAACACAACCUCCUCCGGUGUCACCACAACUUCUGAUGAUGUAUCUCCCUCUAAGUCACUUCUACACUCGCGGCAACAUACAUUAAUGAAGUAAAGUGAAUGUUUCUUCUGUCUUUUCUUUCUUUCUUUGCAUAGAGGAUUUUUCACUUGCUUUCUUUUUUUGGGUUUGUGAUGAUACUCAUCUAAUAAUUAAGGCCCUAUGAACCAUGUAACUUGAAAUAAUUGUGAUUUAAUUUCUAUACAGAAAUUUAUGAAAGAA